AAGGGUGAUUAUUAUUAGAUAGAUUAAUGUUAAAGAGAAAAAAAUGGUAAUACUAAUUAUAUUGUCUGUAACUGAAAUGUGUAUAAGACAAAAUUAAGAGGAAACUAAAAAAGAGAAGAAUUGAGCGGUGGAGAGGAGAAAGUUUAGAGCGGUGGAGAUUUGAGAAGAAAAAGAAGUAGGACGGAGGAAAGGGAGAAGAAAGAAAGAGUGAAAAAAUUUGCAUCCAAAGAACCAAACGGAAUGGUGGCAUUCUCCUUCUCCUUCUCCUUCUCCAUCCUCUUCUCCCUCAUCCUCAUCACACAAUCCUCUUCUUCUUCCUCCACCCACCUCUCCAACUUCCACCCCGACAUCCAACUCUCCGGCGACGCCCACGUCGUCGCCGCAACCCACGUCAGACUCACGCGCGCAGCCCCUUCCUCCUCCGGCCUCCUCCGCGGCCUCCACCCUCUCGCAUUCUCCUCGCCGGCCACCUCCCUCUCCACCGACUUCUCCUUCGCCGUCUCCCCCGUGCCCGGCGACGGCUUCCUCCUCAUCCUGGCCCCCGCCGCCGCCGGCAACGUCUCGGACUUCGUGGCCGUGGAGUUCCACGCAUCCAGCGACGAGAACAAGAGAAACCAGGUGGGCAUCGACGUGGGAAGCCGCGUCUCGGUGGCCGGCGCGAACGUCCCAGACGUGAAUCUGGUUCUGAACAGCGGCGAAAAGUUGAAGGCUUGGGUGGAUUACGAGGGAAGUUCGAAGGCAUUGGAAGUUAGGUUAAGCAAAUUGGGGGAAGAGAAGCCUGGGAAGCCUAUGGUGUCUCAUUGGAUCGAUUUUUUUGAGAUGUGGGGUGGGGAUCCUGUGUUCGCCGGUAUUAGUUCUUCCAAUGGGCCCCAUUCGGCCCAGGUUGUGACUGUUUACUCGUGGAGGCUUACUUUGAGGGAUGCUUCCAAGGGGUUGCAUUCUAUGCCUGCUGAUCCACGUCCGCCCUCUCAGGACGACCACCGUAUGUUUUGUCCCUUGACGCUUCUCGCUGGCCUUAUUUUCGGAACUGGCUGCGUUGCCUUGUUCACUUUUGUUGUGCUCUUCACUUGGGUCAUCUUCUUACCUGGCCGUCAAGAUCACUCUCUUGUCAAAAUCCCUGACCACCCUCAUGAUAUCAGGUACCAGAGAAUUGAUGUCGCUGUUGACAAGAAUGCGCAACAUGAUGAAACCUAGAGAUUAGAUCACCACCAUCAUCUUCUUUUCUUCCUUUUAACGUGUAUUUUUCACAUUUCCAGGAUGCUUAUGUAGAUUCAUGCUGUACAUUUAUUUGUAAUUAACUAUGUAUAAAAUCUCCCACUUUCUUUUUUUUUCUUUCUAUUGUAUAAAAUGCCUAUGCUUUCACUUCCA